AUGCCAGCAAUGCCAGGCCUCGUAUCAGUCAAAACUCCGGCCGAUGCGCCGCCGCUACGUGUAGCCGUGCCAGACACGCAACCUCAACGAUCCGAGCUCACGAAUCCACCCCGAACCCCGAUGAAGAAGACUCCGUCCUCUACACCAUCUCGAUCCAAACCUUCACCAGGUAGAUCCGGCAAAAAAGAUUCACCGGGCGUAUCUUCCGCCGCCGUAAUCGACGUCGACGAUCCGUCUCUCGAUAAUCCAGAUCUCGGCCCUUUCCUUCUCAAGCUAGCUCGUGACGCCAUAGCUUCAGGUGAAGGUCCUAACAAAGCAUUAGAUUACGCGAUCCGUGCUACUAAGUCGUUUGAGCGAUGUUGCGCCGCCGUUGCUCCGCCUAUUCCAGGCGGAAGCGAUGGUGGACCUGUUCUCGAUCUGGCUAUGAGUCUUCACGUUCUCGCUGCGAUUUACUGCAGUCUCGGCCGAUUCGAUGAAGCAGUCCCGCCGCUCGAGCGAGCCAUCCAGGUUCCUGACCCGACUCGUGGACCUGACCACUCUCUCGCUGCGUUUUCCGGCCAUAUGCAACUCGGUGACACGUUGUCGAUGCUUGGUCAGAUCGAUAGAUCCAUUGCUUGCUAUGAGGAAGGUCUUAAGAUCCAGAUCCAGACUCUGGGCGAUACGGAUCCACGAGUCGGAGAAACUUGCAGGUACUUAGCGGAAGCUUAUGUUCAGGCAAUGCAGUUUAAUAAAGCGGAAGAGUUAUGCAAUAAAACUCUAGAAAUCCACCGUGCGCAUAGUGAACCCGCCUCACUAGAGGAGGCAGCUGAUAGGAGGCUGAUGGCAAUCAUCUGCGAGGCUAAAGGAGAUUAUGAAAACGCCCUCGAGCACCUUGUCCUUGCCAGUAUGGCCAUGAUUGCUAGCGGACAAGAAUCCGAGGUUGCAUCAAUUGAUGUCAGCAUUGGGAAUAUCUACAUGUCACUGUGCCGGUUUGAUGAAGCUGUGUUCUCUUACCAGAAGGCUCUCACUGUGUUCAAGUCUUCUAAAGGCGAGACUCAUCCUACGGUCGCAUCAGUGUUUGUCAGAUUGGCUGAGCUUUACCACAGGACAGGGAAACUCCGCGAGUCCAAGUCCUACUGUGAGAACGCGUUGAGGAUAUACAACAAGCCGGUGCCUGGGACAACUGUGGAAGAGAUUGCUGGUGGAUUGACUGAGAUUUCUGCCAUUUACGAGUCUGUGGAUGAACCUGAGGAAGCACUGAAGCUACUUCAGAAGUCAAUGAAAUUGCUUGAUGAUAAACCAGGACAGCAGAGCGCCAUUGCAGGGUUAGAGGCCCGAAUGGGAGUUAUGUAUUACACCUUGGGGAGGUACGAGGACGCAAGAAACGCAUUUGAGAGCGCUGUAACAAAACUGCGGGCAGCGGGUGAGAAAUCUGCCUUCUUUGGAGUUGUAUUAAACCAGAUGGGACUAGCUUGCGUUCAGCUUUUCAAGAUUGAUGAGGCGGGUGAGCUGUUUGAAGAAGCAAGAGUGAUUCUUGAACAAGAACGUGGACCUUGCGAUCAGGACACACUCGGGGUUUACAGCAAUCUGGCUGCUACCUAUGACGCCAUGGGAAGGAUAGAGGAUGCGAUUGAGAUUCUAGAGCAGGUUCUAAAGCUGAGAGAGGAGAAGCUAGGGAUUGCGAAUCCGGAUUUUGAGGACGAGAAGAAGCGUUUGGCCGAGCUCUUGAAGGAAGCUGGUCGGUCGCGGAACCACAAAGCCAAGUCGCUCCAGAAUCUGAUCGAUCCAAACGCAAGACCUGCCAAGAAAGAGUCUUCUGCUAAGAAAUGGCCAAGCCUCGGUUUCAAGUUCUGA